AUGGGUAGUAACGUUCUCCCCAUUCAUUAUGACCCCAAAACUGUUAAACAACUAACUAAAGAAAUUACAGUUGCAUCAUGUAUAGGAGCUGCUCAAGGUGCCCUCUUCAGUAUUGCUACAGCGCUGCUGUUGAGAAGAUUUUCAUCGGUAUAUAAAAAUGUCAGAACUCAAGUACGUGUUUUUUAUCACUGUUCUUGGAUUUCGAUGGGUGCUGUUUUCAGAGCAGAUAAGCAAUUGCUUAAAUUCCAGACAAAUUAUUAUCGAGAGGAACAGAAAAGAAGAGAAAAGAUUUUGGAUGAAGCUGCAGAGAGAGGCCUGUUUCUGGAAGAUGAGAGUUUGAACUCUUCUCGGUCAACCACAUGA